GCAGCAGCAGCAGCAGCAGCGCAGCGCCUGCCCCUCUCCGCCGCCGCUGGCUUUCGUGCGCUCUCGCUGCUGCAGCAGCCCAUUGUGUGGCCGGGCCGGGCGCGGGGCUGGCUGAUUGGGCGGUGCGCCCGUCACUCCGCCGCCGCCCCCCUGCCCGGUCUCCCGCCCGCCCGCCCGCCCCCCUGGCAGGCAGGCUGGCUGGCUGGGCGCCCCCGGCGCGGAUGCAGGAGCAGCCCCUCGGGCGGGCGCAGCGCGGCUGGGUGCAUCACGGGCGGCAGCGGCAGCAGCCCCCGCGGUUGCUCUUCCCUCCGCCGCCGCCGCCGCCGCCUGGGCCUCUGCCCCGCUGCGCUCGCCUCCCGCUGCUGCCCGCCGCCGCCGCCGCCGGCAAGAUGAUGAAGUUUCGCUUCCGCCGCCAGGGCCACGAUCCCCAGCGCGAGAAGGUCAAGCAGGAGCUCUUCGCCUUCAACAAGACGGUGGAGCAUGGCUUCCCCAACCAGCCCAGCUCCUUGGCCUUUGACCCCAAGCUCCGGAUCAUGGCCAUCGGCACCAAAUCGGGAGCUGUGAAAAUAUAUGGAGCUCCUGGGGUGGAGUUCACAGGGUUACACAAGGAGACGGCUACAGUCACCCAAAUGCACUUCCUACCUGGACAGGGCCGGCUGCUGUCCCUCCUGGAUGACAACACGCUUCACCUGUGGGAGAUCUACCAGAAAGACGGCUUCUCCAACCUGGAAGAGACUUGCAGCUUCAUCCUCCCCGGACGGCCAGGGUUCGACAACGCUAAUUCCCCUCCCAGCAUCACCCGGGUGACGGUCAUCCUGCUGAGGUCGACCUGCGAUGUUGCCUGCCUUGGCACGGAAGGGGGCGGCGUCUACUUCCUGCACCUCCCUGGCCUAACGCUGAUGGAGGACCGGACCCUCCACCAAGAAGAGAUCAUGCAGAGCGUACCAGAAGACUACCGGUGUGGGAAAGCUCUUGGCCCAGUGGAAUCCCUGCAGGAGCACCCCCGGGACCCAGCCAAAAUACUGAUUGGGUACAGCAGAGGCCUGAUGGUUCUCUGGGAUAAAAGCACGCGAGAAGUCCAUCAUCUCUUUCUGGGCAACCAGCAGCUGGAGAGCGUGGGCUGGGAGAGGAGCGGCCAGACCAUCGUGAGCUCCCACAGCGAUGGUGGCUACGCAGUUUGGUCUGGGGCAAGGGGCUCCCUGAAGACGCUGCAGCCGGCCAACUCCGCAAUCCCUUACGGGCCGUUCCCAUGCAAAGCGAUCAACAAGAUUGUAUGGCAGACGUGUGAAUCAGGGGGUCACUUUAUCAUUUUCAGUGGCGGGAUGCCUCGGGCCAGUUACGGGGACCGUCACUGUGUCACCAUCUUGCAAGGACAGACGUUGGUCACCUUGGACUUCACAUCUCGUGUGAUUGACUUCUUCACGGUGUACAACACAGAGGUAGAGGAGGAAUUCGACAACCCAACCGCCUUGGUGGUUCUGGUGGAAGAGGAGCUGGUUGUGAUUGAUCUGCAGACACCGGGCUGGCCCACGAUUCCCGCUCCCUACCUGGCUCCGCUCCAUUCCUCCGCCAUCACCUGUUCUUACCACAUCUCCAAUGUCCCCCUCAAACUCUGGGAGAGAAUAAUCAGCGCAGGAGAGCAGCAGAGUCCCCGGCUGUCCUCCGUGAACUGGCCUGUCAAUGGAGGGAGAAACUUGGCCCAGGAACCCACUCAGAGGGGGCUUCUCUUGACGGGCCACGAGGACGGUACGGUUCGUUUCUGGGACGCCUCGGGAGUGUCUCUCAAGCCGUUGUACAAGCUGGGCACGGCCAACAUAUUUCAGACAGACUGUGAGCACAACGACAGCUUGAACCAAACCUGUGAGGAGGAGUGGCCUCCCUUCCGGAAGGUUGGCUGCUUCGACCCUUACAGUGAUGACCCCAGACUGGGAAUCCAGAAGAUCGCUCUGUGCAAGUACACAGCCAAGAUGGUGGUGGCUGGGACGGCAGGACAGGUACUGGUGAUGGAGCUCAGCGACGAGAAGUCAGAGCACCUGAUCAACACUGCCAUGGUGGACCUCCUCCAGGACCGCGAAGGCUUCACCUGGAAGGGCCACGACCGCCUCGCCCCCAAGAAUGGCUCCAUCCCCUUCGCUCCCGGCUUCCAGCCCUGCGCCCUUGUGCAGUGCAUGCCCCCCGCAGCUGUCACGGCCGUCACGCUACACUCGGAGUGGAACCUGGUGGCUUUUGGGACCAGCCACGGCUUUGGGCUGUAUGACUACUACAGGAGGAACCCUGUGCUGGCCAGGUGUACGUUGCACCCGAAUGACUCGCUGGCCAUGGAGGGGCCCCUCUCCCGCGUGAAGUCCUUGAAGAAGUCCCUGCGCCAGUCCUUCCGCAGGAUCCGCAAGAGCAGGGUGUCCGGCAAGAAGCGGGUCAAUGCCAGCAGCCCCUCCAGCAAGGUGCAAGAAGCAAAUGCCCAGCUGGCUGAGCAGCCGGGCCCCCAUGAGGUAGAGAUGACCCCCGUGCAGCGGCGGAUCGAGCCCCGAUCGGCGGACGAUUCGCUCUCGGGAGUCGUGCGCUGCCUCUACUUCGCGGAUACUUUCCUCCGAGAUGCUGCACAUCACGGGCCCACCAUGUGGGCUGGCACCAACUCUGGCUCCGUAUUCGCCUACGCCUUGGAGGUCCCUUCGCAGGAGAAGUUUUCCGAGCGCUCCGUGGAAGCCGUUUUGGGCAAGGAGAUCCAGCUCAUGCACCGGGCGCCCGUGGUGUCCAUCGCCGUCCUCGAUGGCCGGGGGAACCCUCUGCCCGAACCCUACGAGGUCUCACGGGACCUGGCCAAAGCCCCCGAUAUGCAGGGCAGCCAUGCGGUGCUCAUAGCCUCGGAGGAACAGUUCAAGGUUUUCACAUUGCCCAAAGUCAGUGCCAAAACCAAGUUCAAGCUGACAGCCCACGAAGGCUGCCGGGUACGGAAGGUGGCCCUGGUCAACUUUGCCAGCGUGGCUUGCGAGGACUACACAGAGAACUGCCUGGCCUGCCUGACCAACUUGGGGGACAUCCACAUCUUCACGGUGCCGGGUCUGCGGCCGCAAGUCCAUUACGACUGCGUCCGGAAGGAGGACAUCAGCGGAAUUGCCUCGUGUGUGUUCACCAAACAUGGGCAAGGCUUCUAUCUGAUCUCUCCAUCAGAGUUUGAGCGCUUCUCCUUGAGCACCAGGAACAUCACGGAGCCGCUGUGUUUGCUGGACACGAGCCGCGUCCACGACGCCACCUGCCUUGGGAACAAUUUUGCAGCAACACCAAAAGUCAGCCAGGCCAACGGAACACACGUCCUGCAAGGAUCGGAGGCCAACCAUUCCCUUGCAAGCAAUGAUCGAUCUCCCGACGAGUUGCAGGCGUCCUUCUCUCCCACUCCAGUUGACUCUCCCAAUAACAGCAUCGACACCCCUUUGGAUACCACUGGAGACAUCACUGCUGAGGAAGUGAAGGACUACUUGGCGCCCUCCGAGGAAACAGAGAGAAACCUGAGGAACAUGAAUGACGAUGAGGCACAGACCCCGGGGAUCCUGAUUAAAUGAGAGACCACGUCCUGUCCAGUCGGCCCGUUGCGGCAGUUGGACCUUGCAGACAAAAGACUUGACUGUUGGCCAAAUUUCUCCUCCUCCUUUCCAGAGACCAUCUUCGAUGCCCCGCCCCACUUUACAAAUGUUUUUCUAACACCUGGCAUGGAAGCAAGCAAGCAGGACCUCAUACUGGCUCUCCCUGGUAUCUCCUCUUCAGGUUAAAAACAGAAAUGUGCCAUCAGCUAUAGGACCAAGUCAUCUCAACUCUUCCGUUGUGCACACACACUGAAACUCUUAACCUUUUUAAAGCAAAAACUGACACACGCGGUGUGUGUGGCGGGAGGGAGGGGGGAAUGAUGAAAUCCCACUGAGCAAACCUCUCUCGGCUGAGGAUCAGCAUCAAACUUUGGGGGAAAGGGGCUUUUUUAUAUAUACCGUGAAUGACUUUCCUCACCUUCUUUCGCUGCCUGGUACAACAGACAACUCCCCGUAACCGGGAAUUGGCUGGCAGAUUCUCUCAUUUUGCUGGCUGCCAAUUGCUCUCUUGUGGAAAUGUUUACAUACUUGCAGAUUUCGCCUCCUUCCUUUCUAACAGCUUAAAACACCUUUUUCUCCCCCAUCCCACCUCUGGUCACUUCCAUGUCACCUGGCUGACAGAGAGAAUUGGCCUGAUGAUCCCCAUCAGGUGAUCAGCAGCUUCUGCUCAUGUGUCACCAGUGGGAACUCCUUGGGGUUCAGGCCUGGCUUGGGGAGAGGAGCUUGCUUGAGGUUUUUUGAUACUGGUGGGGAGCCUUGAAUGCUUUGGAUCCUUCUUGGCUGACUGAGCUGAUGGAUGUUCUUGAAGUAGCGUGACGGGCUCUGAAGAAAGUGGGUGUCUCUUUCAGUGGUAGGUUUUGAGGCACAGGAGGGGAGACCAAAGCCCUGGGAGAUUUCCAUAAGCAAAACAGCAUCAAAUUUCUCUCCACGUGGCAAAGGUUCUAACCAGAUGCCCAGAUUGCUCCAAUGAUUCCUCUACUCCUCAUGACAGCUCAUGAGAAAAGUACAAGCUAACUUACCACAUCCCCCUUGGUUGGUCAUUGCUUGGUCCUUCACUUUUUGGCCAACUGUGAAUUUUUUAGGAGGACUUGAUGUGGGAUGGUAGGAGGUGAAUAAGCAGUCACUCCUUCCAAGGACUCCGACAUGAAAAUCAGGAGGGAUACAAGGUCUUUGGGAAUGGGGCUUCCUGUCUUACAAGCAACCAUUGUCCUUCUGAAGACCAGGGGAUUCCCAACCUGUUGUCCUCCAGAUGUUGCUGAGCUACGAUUCCCAUCAUCCCCAGCUGCAAUCCCUUGUGGCUGGGGAUGAUGGGAGUUGUAGUUCGGCGACAUCGGAAGGAGGACAGGUUGGGAACCUCUGCUGUGGGCCUUGUAUGCCGCCCCCACCCCAACUGAACAACCUGAGUCCAGUUUUUCAUGUUCAGUUCCUUACUUUAUUCUCAGCUGGAGAGAGGAAACUCACGUGGGUCUAGGAAGCAGAGACUGGCCUUCUCUUUUCUGUUUGCUCAGAUAGUCCACUCAACAUGUCACCUGCACAAAUACCCCGGUCUGGCACCCUUGAACUCUUAUCUGUGCUAGGGAGUUGCAGUGCUAUCAUGCUAUGAUGCCUGAGGCGAAGAGGUUGAGCACAAGCAGCUACGUAGUUCUAGGGUUUUUAAUUUUAUUUUUUUUUAGGCCUUCAACGUCCAUCUCUCCUCCUCCACUGCACUCUAUUAGUCCCCUCAGCAGAUCUCGGUCAUCAGUCCAAUAGACUUGUAAUGUUGGCUGUAACUCAGUUUCCCCCACCUGUUUCUUACGAUCGGUCCCAAAUUUAGAUGCUCAUUAUCACAUCUGCAAAGUUACUUCAGGGGCCUUGAUCUCAGUGGUUUAAUUGAGAACUUGAAACUGCUUCCCACAAACCUGAAGCAGCCAGUUAAGGACUGUGGAAUCUUGUAGGUCGGAAGACAUUGAGGUAAUUUACACCAUCAAAAACGGUGUUCUACCCGGGUUCGGAAGCUGUGUGCUCUUCCAGUUUCCGGCUGCGUGGAAGCAAGAUAAGAGGGAAACCUGGGUAGAAGUGAUUGUGUGGAAGCAAGGGAGGAGGAAAACCUGGGUAGCUUUUCCUCCUACUUUGCAUCCACACAGUCACUUCUACCCAGGUUUUCCUCUUACCUUGCUUCCACACUGCUGAAAAUUGGCAGCACACACAGCUCCUGAAGUCGAGUAGAAUAGUUUUUGAUUGUGUGGAUGACGUCGUCAUCUUCUUUCUGUUGAAAUGUGGCCAAUUUUUCUUCCUCGCUUUCCCCAGCCCACUUUGGGGCUUGCAAGGGCAGCUUCUGAUGUUACUUUGAUGUGCCCAGUUGUACUUCCUGUGGCCAUGCACAUGGCCAGUGGCCUGAACUUUUUUUGCCUUGGAGAGCCACCUGCUCCUUGUGCAUUUUGCAACUUGGGUGAUUUCCUCCGCAUUCGGCGUACAAGUGGGGCCAGCCUGCAAUUGGGCACCCUCUCUGGUGUGCUUUUUUCUGUUCCCUUUUCCAUUUCUUCUGUCCAAAUGUUGCCACUGGCCGCUGCCUCCUCUCUGCAGGUGCUACAAGUGAUGGCCCUGGGGACAUCCUCGGCACUGGCAGGAGAGAAGCUCCAGGCCUUGCUCUUUGCAAGGUGGCGAAAAUCUUUGCUCCCCUUUUUAUGAGCAAGGGCUUCUUGCCUUGGUCCCUCCUGCUGACCGCUUUGUGCCAAAAUGAGAGGAAGGUUGCUUUGAGGAUUAGUGGGAGGGGGAGAAGUAGAGAGCUGGGAAGUGUGCUGACCAGCUCUCUGACAGGUACAGACCAGAGCAAGAAUUGUAUGCCGCAUGGACUCCAUCGUCGCUUGUGUUGCUCUGCAGGCUUUCUAGUUUGCUGGGUGGGGGGGGGGGUACUUCCCCUUCCUGCCUGACUUUUGCCUCUGGUGAUGACUUCACAAGAAAUUAUUUGUAAGAAUAUUUUGGUACGGUUUGAUUCCCAUCUCCCCCUUCCCCCCGCCUGUAUGUGUGUGUGUGUAAAUGCCUGCGCUGUGUGUAUGUGUGUGUGCGCGCGCUUGCGCGCACACACACGUGUGGCUGAGGGGAGAGGCAUCCCAUAGUCGAAACGUGCCAUUGUGUGUCUUAAUUUUUUUUUUUUUAGGGGAGCAGAUUUAAUUGUGGAGGGAAGGGUGGGUUAGUUUCCUUGGUAGAAUGAACCCUCCGUUGGGGUUUUGGUCAAGCUGAUGGAUUUAGCAUUGCUUAGUUAUUAAUACUGGUUUUUAAUAAUGAAAAAAAUAAAGCAUUUAAUAUCUUAAA